UCUUCUCUGUGUGAAGAAAUGGCUGUGAUAUCAAAAUGCACUGUUGUUCCUCACCAAAACUCCACUCUCGGAGACCUAAAGCUCUCCAUCUCAGAUCUUAACAUGUUUUUGGCUCACUACAUUCAAAAGGGCUGUCUCUUCACCACCCCAUCUCUCCCCUCUCACACUCUCAUCCCUCACCUCAUCAACGCGCUUUCUUGCACGCUCUCAAUUUUUCCUCCUUUAGCUGGCCGAUUCAAAACGAAUGCCGACGGCCACGUCUAUAUCGCAUGCAACGACGCUGGCGUUGACUUCAUCCACGCCACCGCCACCGAUCUCUCUGUCACCGACCUCCUGUCGCCGUCCGAUGUCCACCCGGCCUUUAAGAAAUUCUUCCCUUUCCACCACAAACUCAGUUACACCGCCCAUUCCUCCCCCAUCAUGGCCAUUCAGGUCACUCAACUCGCUGACGGUAUUUUCAUCGGUUGCGCCGUCUGCCAUGCUGUUACCGACGGCUCCUCCUUUUGGAACUUCUUUAACACCUUUUCUGCAGUUUCUCGCGGAGGACUCAUAUGUCCCUCUAGGCUCCCGGAUUUUCACCGGGAAUCAAUCCUCAUGUCGAAAGUCGUUCUUCGAAUGCCCCAAGAAAUGAAGGUUACCUUCGAUGUUGACUCGCCCUUUCGAGAGAGAAUCUUCAGUUUCAGCCGUGAAUCGAUUCAGAAGUUGAAAGGCUCGGUGAACAACAGUAGAAAAAUAUUUGGAGGAGAGAAGGAGGGGGUGGAGGUUGAGUUAAUGGCGAAGCUGAGCAAUGACACAGAAUUGAAAAAGGUCGCAGUGGGCCAAACAACAGAGAUUUCUUCGUUUCAGGCCUUGUGCGCGCUCAUGUGGCGUUGCGUGACUAGAGCGAGGAAUUUGGAGAAGGGUAAAACGACGACGCUUCGAAUGGCAGUUAAUGUUCGGCAACGUUCGGAGCCUAAGUUGGGGGAUUGUUACUUCGGGAAUGCGAUUCAAAGCAUCGUGACGCAUGCAGCAGUUGGUGACGUGGUAUCCAUGGACCUUGGCUGGUGUGCGGAACAGGUGCACAAGAGCGUGAUCGCGUUCAGUAGUGAUACGGUGCGUCGUAACGUGGAGAAUUGGGAGCGUGAGCCCAAAUGCUUCGAGUUAGGGAACCAUGACGGUGCCACCGUGCAGAUGGGAAGCUCUCCAAGAUUUCCGAUGUACGACAGCGAUUUCGGGUGGGGACGGCCAUUGGCCGUGCGAAGUGGUGGAGCUAACAAGUUCGAUGGAAAACUGUCGGCGUUUCCCGGGAGAAAUGGCGGUGGCAGCACCGAUUUGGAAGUGGUUUUGGCGCCUGACACGAUGGCGCGUCUGGAGUCUGAUCCUGAGUUCAUGAUUUACGUGUGUGGACAAUAGGACCACAUGUUUGAAUCUUAUUUCUGUUUUUAAAUUUAUGUUUUGAAUUCUGAUUUCGGUCACAUUUC